CAAAUAUUUAUGGGCUACACAUUGGGCUACUGGGCCAUAUGUUUGGGCCUAUCUUGAGGAAGAAAACAGACUUUCAGGUGCUUUCCCUGACUUGUUAGGGUUCUAAUUGCAUCCAAAUUGGCGUCCCUGACUUAGCGGUGGUGACGACGCUGGUAUUGCUUUUCUAUUUGCAUUCAAGAUGGAUUUCUCAUCGAUGGCAAGCCAGGCAGGAGGAUCAAACCCCAAAAUGCCGACGGAGAAAUUUAUGGAUCACUUUAAGUCUCAAAUGGAGCAGGCGUAUGCCCAGAAGUUCAUCGAGCUGGGAGGGAAGUGCUUCGACAAGUGCGUAACGAAGCCUGGAUCGAGCCUUGGUGGGAGUGAAAGCAGCUGCGUCUCACGGUGUGUGGACCGCUACAUUGAAGCCACCGGCAUCGUCGGCAGAGCUCUCUUCAAAGCUAACCAAUGAAGAAAGCUUUUGUUUCCAGAAAUUCACAAACUCAAAACCACUUCCCUCCUGCCCUCCAAUUGUGCCUCUUUUUUUGCCCUUUUGUUGGAUGAUACCUCACAAUAUGUGGUCUUCGAAGAAUAGAGUGGUUUGGUGUGAACCUUAGAACCUUUGGCGCCCGUUUUCUCUUCACAAUUUAAUACUCUGUCUGAUCUAUGUCCUGCUUUGUGCACGUAUGAGUAAAAGUGCAGACAAUUCGCAUUUGCUACCUUGUUUAUCGUAGAGGGGGAAGCAUGUCACUGUUUGCAUACUGAAUGUGGC